GCGCUAAGUCCAGUUGAAUGUGGAUGUUUUGUGGAACUUCCGCUGUCCGGAUAUUCACUCUGAUCACGCACGACUUACAGGUCACACCAGUUAUGCUAACGGUUAGCAUUCGCGGUCUAAAUUUACCGACACGUAGCUGCCUUUUUCGAAUUUAAUUUUAAAGAAUUCCUGGGUUAUAUAAUCCAUGAAACUAGCGACCUGAAAGUUUGCCUUCCGUGUGAAAAGAAAGUAAGCUUUUCGGCUGUUAACGACAGACACGCUUUUAAACACAAAGUUUAAUAGUACAGUAUCUGCCAGAUCAGUUCGUUCGCGUUUGUUGAUAAGUGUUUGUAUAGUCGAUGAAUAGAAGCUGAACGUUAAGCACCGCGUCUCCAGCACGAUCAUGACGCUUCAGGUAGGGUGCCUGUCUUUCCGGCAGCCCUACGCGGGCUUGGUGUUGAAUGGCGUGAAGACCAUUGAAACGCGAUGGCGGCCUCUGCUGUCGGGGCUGAAUAACUGCACCCUAGCGGUUCAUAUCGCGCAGAAGGACUGGGAGGGCGACGAAUGGAGGGAUGUGCUCAGGGACUCCAUCGGCAUGAGCGAGCGGCAGAUAGAAGAGCUCCUAGUGUCCGGCGAAAGGUUUGGCCGGGGAGUGGUGGCAGGAUUGGUGGAAGUCGGGGAAACCUGGGUGUGUCCUAAUGAUGUAUCCAGGGAGGAGCUUGGGCAGCUGGAAAAGGCGGCUGUGCUGAUUGGACUGGAAGAAAAGCACCUGACUCAUCUGUCCAAUCCACGAUGGCUGAGAGAGCCACUGUAUACCCGUGGCCACAAAGACAUUUGGACAGUGGACAUUCCGCUGCAUCUCCUGUCAGGUUCCCUGUCUGACUGAAGCUGGGUUACACUGCAUAUUAGGGUUAAUAUGAACUUUAUUGAUCCGAGGGUGAUAUUCUGGAAAAUCAGCUUUUUGGGCAACCUUUCAUAUCAUGACAGCAGCGUGUCUCGGACUGGGCUAUUGGGCUGAAUCCCUGGAUAUUUUCUCUACAGUCCCCAGCCAGUCCUGCUGGCGGUAGGUUACUGGGGCAUGGCAUCAGUAACAUUACUAUCACAUUACUAUCACAUACUUCCCAUUAAUCUAUUUAACUAGUGGAGUCGUUGUCAUGGUAAUAUCUAUGUAAUAAUAAUUGUCUUUGUAAAUUUGCAGAUGAGCUCCUGCACUGAUGUUGAAUACUUAGGAAGUACAUGACUGCUGUUCUCUCCUCAAUGAAGUUGUAAUGAAAAGCGGAUGAUAAGAUAGAACAGAGUAUUUGUGGGGGGGGGGCAUGUGGACGGCAUGUGGACAGCAUGUGGGCUGAGCCCCUGACCUCAAUACGCUCUCGACACACCCCUGAAAAUAAUCAUUUAUGAAUUUUUA